CCCCCUCGUCGUUCCUGCAUUCAAUCAUCUAAUUAUUCAACCAUCUGUCGCUUUGAGCCUGCAAGGGCUUAAUUAGUGCUGCUUGAUCUUUUUUACUUUUUCUUUCUUUCUUUCUUCUUUUUCUUUUAUAUUUUUUUCUUCUUUUUUCUUUUUUGGUCCAGCACAAUGGGGUACAAGCGGCCAGAGUCUUGCGAGGAGUUUCACGUCGCCAUUGUUUGCGCGCUGCCCCUCGAAUUCAACGCCGUUUUGUCCGUCUUAGACCAGACGUGGGACGACGAUGGCCUGGAGCUGCGCAAAUCCGCCGGGGAUCUCAACCAAUAUGUCAACGGGCGGAUCGGUAAGCACAAUGUCGUCCUCACCCUGUUGCCGGACAGGAUGGGUAAGGUCAACGCCGCCGUUGUCGCCAGCGACCUCCGCCACAGCUACCCCAACCUGCGCCUCACCCUGCUUGUCGGCAUCUGCGGCGGCGUUCCCAUGGCUGGCAACGACGAGGUCGUCCUCGGCGACGUGGUCAUCAGUCGGUCGCUUGUGCAGUAUGAUUUCGGGAGGCAGUAUCCCGACGGAUUCCGCCGCAAGGACAGCUCCAAGGACAACCUGGCCAAGCCUAACCACGAGAUCUUGGCCAUCCUCGCCAUGCUCGACACGGACCGGAAGGAGCUGUUGAGUCAGAAGACGGUGUCCUUCCUGCAGGACCUGCAGCAGCGGAAACCAAGGUACGCGUUCCCCCGGGCGUCACCCGACCGGCUGUUCCGGUCCGAGUACCGUCACAAGCACCGGGGCUCGCCCGAGUGCGAAUGUCGGAACCGCGCAAGCGAGACGGAUCCGGUCUGCGAGGAGGCCAUGGGGAAGUCAUGCGAGGAAGUGGGGUGUGAGGACAGCUUCCUGGUCAGGAGACGCCGGGUCGAGCAGCGAGAAGGGCCCGAGCCUCCUCCUGCUGCGUUCCACCCGGCCAUUCACAUCGGUCCCGUGGGCUCGGGGGACACGGUGAUGAAGUCCGGGGUCGGGCGCGACAAGAUAGCGGAGCAGGAAGGCAUCAUCGCCUUCGAGAUGGAGGCCGCCGGCAUCUGGGAGCACCUCUCGUGCCUGGUCGUCAAGGGCGUCUGCGACUACGCCGACAGCCACAAGAACAAGAAGUGGCAGGAUUACGCGGCAGCCACGGCAGCGUCAACGGCCAAGGCAAUUCUCACGCUCUACACGCCGGCCGUUACGACGACGGCCGUCGCCCACAGGAGGCGCCUCACCCCAAAAUGGGCCGUUCCCUUCCCUCCUGAUCCGGAUUUUGUCGACCGGCCCGACAUCUCGGCGUGGCUGCAGGAGAAGUCCCGGCUUCCGGGCGCCCGCGUCGCGCUCGUCGGCCUCGGCGGCAUCGGAAAGUCGCAGCUCGCCAUCCAGUACGCAUACCACGUGCGGAAGGACUCGCACGUCUUCUGGCUCAACGCAACCUCGCGAAGCACCCUCGAGGAGUCGUACCGCGCCAUUGCGCGCAGGCUCGGGCUCGGGCUCGAGGCCCACAAGGAAUCCAAGGACGACGACAUCACUUACCUGGUCAGCGAUUGGCUUGGGGAUGAGGAGAACGGUCGGUGGACGGUAGUGCUCGACAAUUUUGACGACUACUCGAUCCUCGGCGACGACGACCCGCGCUUCCUCAGACUGCUGCCGCAGACGAGCAACGGCUUCACGCUGAUCACCUCGCGUACCUCUCAUGCGGCGGAGAAGCUGGUUGGAAACCCCAAGAACGUCUACCAGGUGGCCGCCAUGACCGAGGACGUGGCGCUGAAGCUCUUGCAGACGAAGCUCAAGGACGGCUGCGGAGACGAGGAGGGACGGGAAGCUGUCCGUCUCCUCGACUGCCUGCCGCUGGCCAUCUCCCAGGCCGCCGCAUACAUCAACCGCCGGAGCCCCCGGGUGAGGGUGGAAGAGUACGUGGACAUGCUGCGCAGCAAGGACGGGCAAGAGGUGCUGCUCGGCUGGGAGUACGACGAUGGCCGCCGCUACGGCGGCGCCUCGACCUCGGUGCUGGGCACCUGGACCUUCACCCUGGAGCAGAUCCGGAAGGAGAGGCCUUCGGCCGCCGACCUCCUUUCCCUGAUGAGCUUCUUCAACCCCCAGUCCAUCCCGGACUGGGCCCUCAGGGCCUGGUUCGAGCUCGACCCCGGACAGCUCCCCUCCCUCACCCUCCGCGACACCCUGUCCGAGCACGCGUCCACUUUCCUCUCGUCCAUCAGCCCGAAGCGGCGCAGAGAGAUGCAUCGGCUCGUUCCGCAGGACCAGGCCGUGCAAAUCUGGAGCCGCUGGGUAAGCGCGGACCUUACGAAGGGCGGCAAGCCAGCUUCGACCAAGGAGACGCCGACGGGGCCGUGGAAGCCCCGGUUCUCGGACCUGACAAAGGCCGUAGCCAAGGAUUGGUGGCCUUCCAAGUCCGGUAGUUCCAGAGGUGGCGACGGCGACAACAAUACUACCUCAGAUGCUGCUGUCGCCGGCGAGCAGUUCGAGCAGGACCUCGAUACGCUGGUCGGGUAUUCCUUGGCGAUGCCCACUGCGAGUAAGGGCGUGUUCAAGAUGCACCCCUUGAUCCGCUACUGCACUCAGACUUGGCUAGCACGCACGAAAUCGUUUGACACGUGGAAGAGGCGGUUCCUGCUGGCCGCAGUAAUGAGGAUUGAUUCCUUCAAGGCCCACGGGCGGAUCCAGCCAGGUUUGGCCGCACACUUCAACCCGCUCGCCGAGGAGGAGCCGCGGGACAUGCUGGAGGCCAAGCUGUGGUUCUACCUUGCCUGGGCCGUCUAUCACAGCUGGAAGGAGAUCGGAGCGCGGAGCCUGGCGACGACGCUGCUGGACAAGCUAGUCGCCAUAGCGACCAAGUUUUUCUGGCCGGUCGACAUAUCCACCGUUAUGGUCAUGGAUGAGCGUGCGAGGGUGUACUCGAAGAAUGGAGAGUACGACAUGGCGGAGAAGACGUGGAAGGAAAUCAGCCGACUAUCCGAGAAGUACGCUGGUGACCACUACGUCCCUGCCGUCCAAGACUCGAGGCUGGCCUGUGCAAGGAUGCUGUUGGCACGCGGCCGAGCUGCCGAAGCCGAGGAGAUCGUCCGGGAUAUAGUCGACUUCCGGGUCCGAGUGUACGGGCCCCAGCUGGAGGAGACUCUUGCGAGCCUAGGCACUCACACCGAGGUACUAACCGCCCUGGGGAAAUUCCAGGAAGCCGGUAGCAUCAUCAGAGAUCUUCUCCGGCAGGAUUGGACCGGCAAGGAUUCCUUUCUGCACUCAUAUACCAUCAACAUCAUCGCCUUCACCGUGCUCGAGAUGGGCAAAGCCCCGGCGAAGCAAGUGGAGGACUUGUUGCGCGAACUGACCGACUUUGUCGAACACGACCCGAGGAGCUGCACCUGGUUCCCCUUUACCCUGUCCGGCCCUAUCCACGAGGCGUUUAUCCGCUGCCUCUGGAAGCAAGGAAAGAAGGACGAGGCGAGGAGCGUCAGAAUCAGGGGAACGGAGCUCAUGGCGAGGCUCAUUACCGUGCCCCAGCUGCACCCUCCCACGCUCGUGGACAGCCUGUUGGACGAUGGCGAUGGCGAUGGCGAUGUGGAGAGCAGGGGCCGGCUGCUGCAGGGCAUCAUCGAGAACCUCUACCGAGAGGACGUAAAGCCGGAUGACAACUUUUAUUGGGGAAUCGGCAACAUCGGGCGCCGUCUAUACCUUCAGGGCCGGUACGAGGAAGCCGGCAAGCUGCUCGAGGCCAUUGUAGCCCACAUGACGAGCAACCCGGCAUACGGAGGGACCCAUACCAUGACCUCACGGAUGCGAAUCUUAUGGAAUUCCGUGGUUGAUGAUGAGGAAUCGGGGGACCCUCCAGCAGACACGGAUGGAGGGGAAGGGGAAGAGUUGCACGAUAUUAAUAAGGAGCAGAGCCGCUCGUCCGACUCGAGCACUGAAACAUUGGUGGAGGCAUCGCCGGGUUGAGCUGGCUGGCCACAGUGUGCAAAUGAUGCCGUCUCUGGCAACACUUGCGCCCUCUAACCAUACGCCCACGGCUCCGUCUGAAAAGACCAAGAA